AUGAAAGAAUCACAUCACCGGCGUGUAUUACGUAGACCAGUAAACGAACGUAAAAUGAAAAUAAUUGAUAAUCCAUUGCAUGCGGAUUAUCAGCGAGCCAACUUAUUUGUUACCACAUAUGGUGAUGAACGUCAUUGUUUAAAACAACCAGAUACAUCAUCAGCUAAAAGUACGCGUGAACAGAUACCAGUAAGCGAUGAUUAUCAAGCACCAUUAAGUGCUGUUUCAUUAAAACAUGACUCAAAAUGGUUAAUUGUCAGACGUAAUUUACAUCGUAUAAGAUCAAUGGGUGACGAAAAACAAACACCAAAUAUGUAUUUGAGUUUUCAAAUGAUUCGAGAGUUAAAGCGUGCACAAGUUGGUAUUAAAAAUAUUGAUGAUGAUAAUAAAAGUCAAAUGAAAACGUUUUCGUUAGCUGUUAGUAAACAAAAAAUCAAAACAUAUGAUACAUCACAUGUUACAUCAGAUGAUGCACUAUUUUAUGAUCGCUUAGGUGAAGAACCGUUAGUAAUACAAAAUUUAUUACUUUACUUUAGUAAACAAUGGGUUAUACAUCAAUCUACAUCAUCGAUUUUAGACAAUUUCGAACUCCUCACCUUCAUCUCACUAAUGGGGACAUACAGUAAGAAAAACGAGAGUGAAAAUUUUACUCUUAUAUCUUAUAUUCAUCAGGAGUUAAUAAACUUCACUAUCAAGGCUUUUUUCUCAAAACUUUAAUUAUAGGCCUUUCUAAAUACUAGAGAUAACUUUUGAGUUUUGUAGUUUUUAAUGAACAUAAACAGUAUAGUUGGAAUGAGCGCAUCGGUGUAUCGACCGUAUGUGUACAGCACUAAUUUCCUACAACAAAAAUUUUCGCUUAACACGUUGCAUCCAUGGCCCAUCCCGCUUACCCACUCUUUUCUCUUUUGUGAAAUACCUUUCUCUUUUGAUCUAAAUAUUCCAACUAUGAUGAGACUGAACAGCGACUGAACUAAAAAUAAUCGCUUUUAGAAAGGUAAAUUAAAUGGUCAAUUGAUGCACCAAAAUUGUCCAAUGCUCUCCCUUGUUAUCAUCAUUUUCAGACCCCGUCGCCCUUUUCAAUUUGUGAGACGGUGAGCUUAGGGAUCAUCUGUCUAUUUGUACAUUUUUUUAGAACCUGGAAUGUCCUCUAAUAAUAGGCUGAACAUGAAAGAAAGAGUCGAGUUUAAACUGUUAUCAAGCUGAAUUUUAGUUGGUUCGGUUCAGU